CUGGAGGAAUCUAAUUUCAGCCUACCGCCCUGCUCAGCCAAGCUAAGCCCAGCCCAUUGUCUAGAGUUGGGACUUCUCACCGUUUCAAGAGAGAGUUUCUCAACUCAACAGGACUGCAGCUCCAGGACAUCAACAACAGCCAGAGCCUGUCUGAGCCGGCUCCAAGACUUGGAUCAUAGUCCAUUUUUUCUUUCAAGAAUUCAGGAGCCUCACGAAGAGCUCCAAACAUCAGCCACCAAGCUGUCUCUUCGGCUGCUUCCCGCAAUCUUUAUUGACAAUGAGGAUGAUGAUGAUGGGAACUUUACCAAAUGGAUGAGCAGUUACUGGGGACAUGGAGGAGGGGAGGAGCAUGCCAAGAAAUGGAAGAUGAGCUUCAGGAGGCCAUUGCGCAACAAAGCUGACCGGCGUGCCUCUUUGCCCUGCAUGUCCCAACUAGAAGCUAUGCAGUUAAAUCAGCUUCAUACCAACACCAUGCCUCAUGCUCCCAUCCCCCUAAAGCCCCGCGAGGAAAAGGAGGUGCACUCCCACCCUCGAGCCUGCCACGUGUCUUCAGAUGAAAACAGUCGUGCCAAAGUAGGACCUGAAAGUCACAUCACCACCAUUCCAGAGCUCUCGGAGUCCUUAGAGGAGAGAUUACAUUUCCACAACAAGAAGGUGAAACCAAUGGAUGGUGCAGAUAGCAUAUGUCUUAUUUGUCAUAAAGUUUUAUGGAAAGAAAGGGGUAGUGUCCAAGAACUUCACUGUGCCCAUCAUUUCCAUAAAGAGGCAAAAUGGCCGGAGCAUGAUGCACGUCCACGUAGCAGGAGUUCUGCAGCUGCAUGUGAACGAGAGAAGGAGGUACCAUUCUGCCCUGGACAGGAGGAAUAUCGCUUGCCCCGUCGCCAACUCUCUUUAAACAGACAGCGUUCAUUGUUUUCAAUGUAAUGGCUUGGCCUGGAUACAUACCCACAGUACAUCAACUAAACAGUAAUCACUCAAUGUAUUAUCAUAAAUCUCUUCCUUACUAUGAUGUCAGUUUGAAUAUAUGUGUAGCCACAUUCUACUUUUGCUUAAAAAAUAACCUGCUGAUCUUUUUGUUUGCAUGCUAGACUGUUUAUCUUCUUUUAUUACUUGGACACAAAGGAUCCGAAGCAAAUCUCUUUUUUCCCCAUUUAUAGAUUGUUCAGUGCGAUGCAAAGUACUACAUUUAUCUCUGUUUUAACCAUUUGGUGAAUGCCAAGUCAUGUUUAGAUUAUUUAGAUUUCAUAAAUAUUACCACAUUACAACAAAUAAAUGUCAUGUUUAUUUCUUGUUUGCAGUUGUCUUAUGGUAAGAAUGAUAUGAACCAUAAUUUGGUUGUUAAAUCCUAUGUAUUAGUUAACUGUCAAUCAUAUAUUUUUUUUAGAUUUAACAUGGAUAGAUCACAUACAUUUCUCAGUUAUAAUUUUUUGUGAUGUAGUGUAAUUUUGUUGCUCAUUGUAUACUGUAAUUUUUAAACAACUAAAAUGUUGGGCUCCGAAACACUGAAUAUUUCUAUAAAAUGCAUGUUAGCUUGUUGCGUGCAAGACUGGAUAAAUAUGAAUGCUGGUGUAAUUGUACACAUGCCCUAGAUACAGUACAAUAGCUUGUUAAAUGCAUAUGCUGGAAAUUAUCUGGUGGCUAAUCAAGCCAUUGUAAUUGAAAUCAAUGAUGGUCCAAAAUUCUGCCACACAGGAACAAAGAUCUCUGUUUUUUAUGCAUGUAGUUUUCAUGGUAGUGCAACUAUCAUCUCCACUUUACCAUGGUAUCAUUGCAUUGCUUGGUGACAUAAACUUUUUUGAGAUAAGCUUUAUGUAUAUACAUAGUUAUAAACUUUUUACAAUCUUUUCUUCUACUGUAGAUGGAAAAGGGACAUUAAAUGGGACAUGCAUUUUCCUGUAGUAUAUGUAUAACACAUACACUAUCAGUCAAAAGUUUGGGCACACUUAUGGCAAUUUUCCACUGCACGUUACGGAUCAACUCCCCUCAACUCUACUCACUUUACGUUUCUGAGCUUGCAUUUCCACUGCAGUUUAGUGCCGCCUCAACGUGGGUGUGAUUAUAGGCUGAUCGUCAUAGUUGCGCCACCUAUACUGCCGUGACAUCAUCUUAAACAUGACACAAACUGACUAAAACAAUAACACAACUGCUAGCUGUUAGCUACUAGCUCAUUGUGUAGCAUAAAGCAUUUGUUGCAUGGUGAUUUUACACAAGCGUAACAGUUAAAUUGGCCUGGCUGUUUUAGAAGCAAGCUUUCCAGUAGCUGGUCAACUAAAUAAAGUGAAGCUUUCAGCAGAGUAUAGAGUUAACGUAACAAAAUGUACCAUCCUCCAUCGUGGCUGAGUCCAGGGCACUCUCCCUCCCAUUGCUCACCAGUUUAGAUAGCGUCCAUUUGGUCGAACCACUUCCACUUUUCCUUGAUGGUUCUGUAGUCACUUUUAAGUUUUUUUUAAAAUUUUCCCUACACUGUUGGUAGAUCCGGUGGUAGCCUUGUGCUGAGACACUUCCUGAGAGACUUUUUCAUUUUGCUCAUUACUAACGAGUGGACUGUCUGCACCUCGUUUAUUGAUCACGGCGUGGUUUUGUGCACAGCCAUUUCUUUUUUCACAAUUCGAAAGCCGCAUGAACAAAUGAUACUGUUAUCGCUGUUGCUAACUUUAAAACUAGUGGGUUGAUGUCGCGUGUCAGAAAUCCAAUGCCGCUUGUAGUGCCGAUUCUCCCUGACCAAUCAGUGAUCUGAAGAAUUUUUAUGUCACAUUUAGUAUCGGCUCAGCUCGCUUGGAACCUCUACUGAGUCGACCCAAUUAUUCAUUCUUUAAUACUACUAUUUUGUACAUUUUAGAAUAAUAGUAAAGUCAUCAAAACAAUGAAAUAAAAAAUGGAUGUAGUGUGUGUUAUGAUUCACUGUUGUCUACCCUGUGUUUUGCCUCUGUCAUCUGUUCCCCAUGGACUACACUUCCCAUAAUUCCCUGCCCUCAUCACUGCCAGCAGUCUUCUAUUGUCCUCACCUGUGUUUCAUUUACUCAUUAGUCUUUUUGUAUAUAAUGCCCUGUUGGUUGCUUGUUCUUGGUCAGUUGUUCUGUAACGUAUAGGAAGGGAGCGGGAUCUAGGUGCGGCAAAAGAAUUUAAUGAAAAGAAAUAAACAAGUACAAAAAAUGGGUAAACACAGGAACAAAUAAAACACCCACGAUGGGAAACAAUGACAUAAACAGGAGAAAACAUCCACGAAGGGCACGGGCAAAACACUGUUGGUCUAGAUACAUUCAACAACUGACAAAGAACAAGCAACCAACAAGCAACCAAUCAGUGUAAUGUCACGUUUGCUUGAUAGUCUACUCUACUUUUAUUAAAUUUAGUAGAGUUUAAAUGGGAAGUUGGAUGUGUGCCUCAAGAGCAGGUGUCGAAAUCGUGGCAACUGCAAAGCUAACGUUAACAUAAGUCAGGUCUGGAUUGGAAGGUCGGCCAGCAAAGAUUAAUGUAUCCCCUGGGUGUUAUGUAGAGCAUUAAUAAAACAUGUCCAAAAAAAUGUAAACAGCAGCAAAGAUAAGCUAACUGCCUUGUAGUUACAAC